AAAUUGGUGGCGGUGAACGGGGUUAGUUUCGGGACGAGAAGGGGCGAAUGUUUUGGUCUGCUGGGAGUAAAUGGGGCUGGAAAGAGUACUUUGUUCAAAAUGAUCACUGGAGAAAUAUGUCCGACAUCUGGUUAUGCCAUUGUUGAUGGGUCCAGCAUCAUGAGCAAUCGUUCGUCCGCCCUCCGAAAGUUUGGGUACUGCCCACAAACUGAAGCCCUGUGCCCACUGAUGAACGUUCAGGAACACCUCUUCCUCUUCGCCAGGCUCCGAGGGAUUUCAUUCCAGAACAUUAAAAAUGUUGUAGAGUGGGGCUUGAGGCACAUGGGUCUGAGGAACUACUCGAAACAACUGCCCUCCAAACUGUCGGGAGGUAACAGGAGGAAGCUGCAAGUGACCCUCGCCAUCAUCGGCAAUCCUCAACUCAUCUGUCUCGACGAGCCAACCACGGGGGUCGACCCCAGGGCUCGCAGGUACGUGUGGGAGUGCAUUUCUGGGUCUUCUACCAUCGAUCACGGUGUUCUGCUAACUACGCACAGCAUGGAAGAGAGCGAAUCGCUUUGCCACAAACUGACCAUCAUGUUGAGUGGACAACUCGUCUGCUUUGGCAACCUUCAGCACAUUAAAUCAAAAUUCAGCAGAGGUUACACGAUAAACUUGAAGAUGUACAACUUGACAGCAGAGGAGAACAAGAAAGCAGCUACAGAGAUUGACGACUUCAUAGCUUCCAGCUUCAACGAUGCUGUUCUUACUAGCAAGAAUUUCAACGUAGUGCAGUAUCAAGCUCCCAUAAUGUCAUCACAGUUGGGUUCAGUGUUCGACAAGUUGUCUCAUGGGAAAAAUAAAAAACUUUUUGAAGAUUUCUCAAUCAGUCAAACCACUUUGGAACAGGUUGGUUUGUGGGUUGAUUGA